AUGGACCACGAACUCGACAUCGUCAUCGGUCCCGAGGGAUACAUCACCCCCCUGUUCACCUGGAACCCGGCCCGGACCAGCCACAAGCUGAAGCUGGACGAGGAAAAGCUGACCUGCAGCGUGGUCGAGGGCAGCGGCUUCAAAACCACCCUCGGCACCGAGGUCUUCGAGGAGGGCGAGCGCUACUACUACUAAAUUAAAGUCAACAAAGGCUCCCUUAUCAAGAUCGGGGUGGCCCGCCCCGACAUCAACGUCGAGGAGGCCUUCAGCGACACCGCCCUCGGCUGGGCCAUCUACAACGGCGAGCUCCGCCACAGCAGCAACUCCUCCGGCGUCAAGUACGGCAAGGCCCUCGCCAUCGACGACAUCAUCGGCGUGGCCCUCGACAUGGUCGACGGCGUGCUGGAGUUCUACUGCAACGGGGUGUCGUGGGGGACUGCGUACAAGGACAGCCAGCUGCGGACGGGCAAGCUGGUGGCGGCAUGUGCGCCGAUCUACCAGUCGGACUGCUUCACGCUGCGGUCGUUCGUGCGCGAGGACUGA